AUGGCGGCAUCCCAGGCCUGGUGCUGCCUUGCAUUGCUGCUCCUGCUGCUCUGUGACCCCACUCGCUUGUCCAGGGUGCCUAUGCGAAUGCAGAGGAAAGGGAUUGUCGCCGAAGCCAUGAGGAGACUGCAGGAGGUCUUUGACAUUGAGGCCUUACCCCAUGAUGUCCUGCCUCACAGGAAGCCACCUCAGUUUAUGGUAGAUCUUUUCAAUAAGGUGGCAGAUUCCAAUGGGAUCACGAAGGCCCCAGGGCUGCUGGAGGGCAAUGUGGUGCGGAGCCUUGAAGACCGAGAUUAUUUUGAUCAGUUUUAUUUCUACUUCAACAUCUCUUCGGUUGGGAGGAAUGAACAAAUGCUAAAAGCUGAGCUCAGAGUUUUCAAGCUAAAUAAAAACCAUGUGCCUCAAAAAUCUUUUUGGCAACAUUUUCUCAAAGUGGAUGUGUAUGAGCUUUUGGACAGGAGAAGGAAGCCGCAGAGAAGAAAUCUCAUUUCAUCCAGACUACUGUCUUUGUAUACCGAAGGCUGGGAGGUGUUCAAUGUCACGCAGACAGUUUCCAAAUGGGUUAGAAACAGCAGCACUAACCAUGGCUUUUUGAUCACUACAACUCAUCUAUCUAAAACCAAACUGGAAUCCAACUUUGUCAAGUUUGCCAAGAGCCGGCACAAUAUGCGAGACAGUAGGAAUGCUUUCUUGGUCCUCUUCACCAAUAAUGACAGACAGAAAUCUUCCAGCUUCCUGCCCUCUUCCACUGAAUUCCAGCCAUCCUUGCCUGAAUAUGAUACUUCAUCACAUCUACCUCACCAAAACGAGGUCUUUGCAAACAUCAGGGUGAACAAAAGCAGAAGAAUUCGGGAUACCUCCUCCUUCUCCCCCAAAGACCAAAUUGUGCCAUGCCAGCUCAAUGAUCUCUUUGUCGACUUCCAUGAAAUUGGUUGGGCAGGGUGGAUCAUUUUCCCACGUGGCUACAAGGCUUAUUAUUGCAAAGGGGCCUGCCUGUUUCCCUUAGGGGAAAGUCUAAGAGCGACUAACCAUGCUACCGUCCAGUCCAUAGUGCAUACGCUGAAACUGUCCAAAGACGUCAGUACGCCGUGCUGUGUCCCAGACAAACUGAGCUCCAUCAGUAUUAUGUACUUUGACGACAAUGAGAAUGUCGUCCUUAAGAAUUAUAAAGACAUGGUGGCCACAAGCUGUGGUUGUCACUAA